UGAAUCAAUAAUGACCUUAAAAUACUUUUGUAACGAUUUACUGUAAAACGGUCACCUUUUGAUUGUUUUUUUUUUAAUAUUCAAUAUAAGUAUUAAUUUAUCUGUCAAGUCUAUUUAUGAACAAUUUUAGAAUAGAUGAAGAGUUUCAAGCUAUAUCGUCUAAUUCUAUAACAUUAAAUGUUCCACAACCUAAUCCACUGAAUGAUUUCAUUGAAAGUAAUCCAUAUAAUACAGUUCAUUAUAAACAAACUAAUCCAACUAUUCGUAAUGUACACAGUUCAAAAUCUGUUCAAGAAGUUCAAUCUUAUAAAUCAAGAAUAUUUUCUCAAAAAUCAAUAAAAUCUGAUAAAAUAUGUCUACAAAUACCAAAGGCUUGUCUCUCUAUGCAUGGAAAACUAGAAUUAACAUCUUUCAAUAAUCAUUCUACACUUAAUAAUGAAGUACAUAAUCAGAAUCGAUAUUCAAAUGCAUUUAUGAGUUCAUUUGCUAUUCGAAAAUCAAAUCCCAGUAAGAAAAAUACUUAUCAUGAACGUUACUCUGCUAACAUACAUUGGAGAUAUGCACCUAUAUCUUAUCGACAAUCGGGGAUAACUUCGUCAAAAUCACAGAACAAUUUGAAAUCUAAUAAUUAUUCAUUAAAACAUAUUCCAUCAACAAAUGUCACUAUUAUUGAUCUUGCUAAUAGUGCUCAAUGUUUGAUUAUCAAUUCGUUGAAAUCUUCUUGUACUCAGACAAUCAAAUGA